AUGUCUAAAAAUCAAGUUUCUAUUAUCGGGUUGAUAGAAACAAAGAAAGAAUUGAUUGAUGAGUUUUUGGUUAAUCGUUUAUGGCCAAACAAUGAUUAUGAUUAUGGUUACUGUUAUUCUCCUUCUUUGGGAUCUUCUGGUGGAUUAGCAUGUAUUUGGGAUUCCUCUUCUAUAAGCCCGAGUCAUAUUACAACUUAUAAUAGGUGGAUUUGCUUUGAUUUCGAGCUCUCUUCAAUCCAAAUGAAACUCAUCUUGGUUUAUGGCUCCAACACAGUUGCAGACAGAUCUCCUUUAUGGGCUGACAUUUUACAAGAAUUGCAAACAGAUAGACAUUGCUACUUAAUGGGUGAUUUUAACGAGAUUCUGCAACUGGAAGAGAGACUGAAUUUCUUGGGUUAUACGUCGGGGAUGCGAGAUUUUAUGGAGUUUAUUCAGAACUCCAACUUGACUGAAGUUCAGCUGAAUGGUCGUUUUUAUACAUGGCAGAAUAUAUGGCCGAAUCUGCUUUUACAAGCUCUCUCGAGAAGCUUCUCGGACCACAUUCCCCUUCUUUUCAACUCGUCAAAGCCUAUGUAUUGGGGACCAAAGCCAUUCAAGUCCAUCAAUGCUUGGUGGAAGGAUGCCUUUUUUCCUUCGCUAUUACGUGACUCUUGGUUAGAAAUUUCUACUGCAUUUCCGGGGGCAAAUUUAGUAAUCAAGCUAAGGGAGCUUCGCAAAAUUAUUAAAGUCUGGAAUAGAGAGUCUUUUGGAAACUUGAACACCAAAUUUGAUAAUUUACAGGCUGAUAUUCACGCAUUAGAGGCUGAUAUGGAUAGAGGUUCGAUUAGUGAUAUUGAUUUGGAAAGACGGGCUGUUCUACACGAUGAUUUUGAUUCAGUUUCGAAACAAACUGAAUCUCUUUGGAGACAAAAGGCGAGAAUUAGCUGGAAUUUACACGGAGAUAAAAAUACGAAGUUCUUUCAUACUUUAGCAUCGGUUCACGCUCGCAGCAAUUUGAUAACCGAAAUAAUGGUUGACAAUCAUUCGUACACCUCUGCGGAUGAAAUCAAACAUAACAUCCAUAUUUUCUUCAAAAACCUUUACAAGCCAAAGCCUUCAGUCAAGUUCUCCAUUACCAACCUGCCAAUCAAGAGUCUUUCGUUUGUUCAAGCAGCUAACAUGGUUUCUGAGUUCACCAAAACAGAAAUAUAUGGUGCUUUAUCAGGGUGUGAUGAAAACAAAGCACUGGGCCCAUAUGCUUUAAACACGACUUUCUUGGUUCUUAUUCCGAAGUUGAAAGACUCUACUGAUAUCAGAGAUUUUCGCCCGAUCAGUCUUAUUAAUGGGGUUUUCAAACUUCUAUCCAAAGUGUUGGCAAACAGUCCUUCUAAGAACUUUAAAAUGGGCAGAGGUGUUAGAGAGGAAGAUCCAAUCUCACCAAUGCUAUUUGUUUUGGCUGUUGAAGGAUUAAAAGCUAUUUUUAGUAAGGCUACCGUGUUGGGUUUGAUUGAUGGCAUUCAUGUAGAUGGGUAUGAGAUACCAAUUUCUAUACUGCAAUUUGCUAAUGAUACUUUGUUGUUUGUUCCUAAUAAUCUGGACAUGGUUAGGAACUUACUGCGUAUUCUACGCUGUUUCGAAUUGAUCUCGGGGUUACAGAUUAACUACCAAAAAUCAGCAAUUAUUGGGCUUAAUGUUGAAGAUGAUUUGUUGGCUGCAGCUUCUGCAAUUCUUGAUUGCAGGAUUGAUAUUUUGCAAUAA